ACGGCUGUCAACAGUCAAGAUUAUAACAGUCCCAAAGGGCUGUAUGAUAUAGCCAAUUGUAGGUAUAUUAACCAGGAGAAAAAGGAAGAGGAUGGUACCAAAGGAACAAGAAUGGCGAUGAAUAUCAGGUAAGUGUCAAUCCAGACACGCAUUUCGCCUGAGUUAGAGGCUCAUCAGGGGAAGAACUACAUUACUGAGUAUCAGAUAUAUUUCUGAUACAUUGUUGCAUCGAUAUUUAUUUUGCUAAGUAGUUACCUCUUAAGGUGUUAUAUCGAUACUUUGUGCCAUUUAUUCUCUCUUUAUAUACCUCAUAAUUAUAUAUUGAGUUCCGGCUGACCUUAUGAUUAAAGCUAUUUAGCUAGAUAUUGAUGCACAUAUCUAAUUAAGCCAGCUUAGUUUAUUUAAUUUAUUUGUUCACUUUUGUGUGUCAUAUCUCACUUCCCUUUACCUCUAUUUGUGUUCCUUACGUAGACUACUGUUAUUAACUCGCUAUAUUGGAGUUAGGUAGCUACUGUUAGGGUUCUCUGUGGAAAGUUUAUGUGAGUCUUUUCUGUUCAAUAAAGUAUAUAUAUUUUUUAACUGUUAUUCCAUAUACAUAUAUAUACACAUAUACAUAUAUAUACACAUAUAUACAUAUAUAUAUAUAUAAUUUAUUAUUUUUUUCAGGGACAGUUUUUCUUUUUCUUUGCUGUUCAUGAAUAGCAGGAGUGGCAAACUUUCACAGUUGGAGGCCAGGAUGCAGGCUGAUAAACUAGUAGUGAAACAAGUGAUAAGUGCUCUCUAUCCAAUAAAGCAGCUAUUCACCAACAAGGAGUUCCUUUUACCAUGUGAACAAUAGAACAAAACAAGCAAGUAAAUUAGGUGGACAGUGCUAAGAAUUAUUAUAAUAAAAUCAUACAUACACAGGUAGCAGCAGAUUUUGCAAUUAUGUGUCUUACUCUUAAAAAAAAGAACUAAAAAGUACAAUGAUAGUGCAGUAUGUUAUGAAUAAUAUGGUGAUAAAGAUAUAUUCCAAAGUGGCACUCACGUUUUCCAGAGCUUAAAAAGCUCUAUUUUAGGAGUCUGGAGGAACAAUCCCUGUCUAAGGAUUUCUUUUUGCUGGUAUCAGAUUCCCAAGGUAGUGCGGUUCAUCAUAUGAAAAAAAUAAGGAUGUAUACCAUUGGUACAGUACAUAUGUAAAAGUAGGAAAAGUAAAUAAUAUUUGACCUACUUACAUUUGCUAGAACAAUGACCUGCUCUAGUGCAUGGAGCUUUAGGUGGAACAAUCCCCACCUAGGGAUAUAUGUAGAUCCGGAACAGCAGAGUGAUGGUGAGAGUAUAAGGAGCUAAAGAGUGACUAGGUAUUAAAACAGAAUCUUUAUUAAUAAACAGAAUUAAUAAAACUAUUUAAAAGUAGUGAUGUCCCGAACGGUUUGCCGAACGGUUUGCCGAACGGUUCGCGAACGGUUCGCCACGAACGGUUCGCCACGGACUCAUCAUUGAGUAAACUUUGACCCUGUACCUCACAGUCUGCAGACACAUUCCAGCCAAUCAGCAGCAGACCCUCCCUUCCAGACCCUCCCACCUCCUGGACAGCUCACUAAGAAUGCAGCUUCACAAUGAAUGUAAAAUGGAUGCUGUCCAGGAGGUGGGAGGGUCUGGGAGGGAAGGUCUGCUGCUGAUUGGCUGGAAUGUGUCUGCUGACUGUGAGGUACAGGGUCAAAGUUUACUCAAUGAUGAGUCCGUGGCGAACCAUUCCGCGAAUUGUUCGGGACAUCACUACUUUUAAAUAGUUUUAUUAAUUCUGUUUAUUAAUAAAGAUUCUGUUUUAAUACCCAGUCACUCUUGAGCUCCUUAUACUCUCACCAUCACUCUGCUUUUCUGGAUCUACAUAUAUCCCUAGGUGGGGAUUGUUCCACUUAAAGCAUCACUAUUUAAAAGUGAACUAUAUAGUAAAAAGAACUAUAAAUAAAACCAGUCCUUGUAGGCAAUCCUUAAUCUCCACUUGACAUGUUUCGCUUACAGCUUUCUCAAAACUGAAUGUCUGCUGUUCACGUCAGUUAAUGUUUAAAUAGUCUCUUAAUUUCUCUAUUCAGUUCUGUAAUUCUGGUUCCAGGUCAUUUGUUACAUAAUUUCCGGUUUGGUGGACAUCUCCAUGAUGAUAGCGCCAUUUUGGAUAAGGGCAAAAGUCCAGUAAACUAAUUGAUAGUAGCAAAAUACAUACAAACAGGUGGAGUAUCUUGGUUCGUUGAUGCAAAAUAAAAUGUAAUUUAAAUGAGAACUGUAACGACAGAAAGAAAUGACAAAAUCUAGUGUAGUAUUAUAGAGUACAUAAGUAGUUUCAUGUAUAAUAUAUGAUUCGGUACUCACAAAAGGAGAGCCAAAAGAAAAUGGCUCAAUUUAAACGCCUGUGGAAUAAUUAUAAGGGUUCCCACUCCCUCUCUGUGCAGCAGCUGUAUCUGAAUCCCUUGGUGUUAUUCUGAAGAGACCAUCACCAUUCCUGUCAAAGGUAAUUCUUCUUUUAAUAAAAAAAGGGGGUAUACAUAAAAUACAAAUAAACUUAAAAUACAAAGAAAUAAAAUAAAAACUUUAAAAAAAAAUCACUCAAUGUGAUAGAGAUGUUGAAGUUGUCCACUCUGGGAUAGCAAGACGCGUUUCGCCUAAUAAUUAGGCUUCCUCAGUUGCUCCUGAUAUAUGCUUUCAAACGUUCGUUCUUUUAUACCCCUCUCUGAUGAGGGAACACCGGGCGUCUGUUGUGUAACCUCUUCUUCUGGGUUCCGUAUUUCGUCGUCACUUCCGUUUUCUGUUUUCAACGUAUUUCCGGUUUUCAGAUCGCUCCGAUAUUGGAACGCAUAUGCGUUCCACUCCUUGAAAAAACUUUAUUUGCAUAUGCAUAUAGUGCAAAUUUAAACCUGGCUUCCUUUUCAUUUCAUAUAUAUUCACUUGUGGAACAUAUGAGUAUUCUAUCUCUAAGGGAGGUGAAUAUUUAUCUUAUAUAAAUAUGUACACAAUAAUAUAAAAUAUAAAGCUUAUAAGAAAAAAUAAAAAUAAAAAAUAAAAUAAAAACCAUUAAAAAUAAUGAUCAAUAUAUAAAACUAGGAAACAUCCAUAAAAUAAGAACAUCAAACAUAAGUGAAAAAAUGAUAAUGUAAUACAUCCUAAGUGUAAAAGACCAAAUCCCAUACAUAAAAAACAUAGACACCAUAUAUAGAGGUGCAAAUAGCAAUAAUCUUUAAUACCUAUACUUAGGUCUAAGUGCCAAAAGUAGCAGCUAGCCCAUUGUGUAACAUAUAAGCAGAAUUAUUUUUUGAGGAAAUGGCAAAUCUCAAAAUCAGAAUUUAACCCAUUAGGUAUCAGGGAGUUAAAAUUAAAAAUGAAUUUCAUUUCCUCCUUCCCUAGUUUGUUCAUAUAAUCUCCUCCUCUCCAAUGUUUAGUUACUAAUUUUAUUGCACAAAAUAGGAGGCCUGUAGGGUCUUGGUUAUGGGUCAUUUUAAAGUGCUGUGAAACAGAAUGCGUUUCUAGGCCUUUUCUGAUAUUCCGUACAUGCUCUGGAAUUCUUGUAUGGAGGGGUCAUAUUGUUCUUCCUAUAUAAAGUAGAUUGCAGGGACAUCUUAGGACAUAAAUAAUUCCUUUAGAAUGACAUGUAAGAUGGUCUUUUAUCUAAUACUGUUGGCCUACUAAUUCGCUUAUGUCCAAGAGGUGUCUUUUUUUGCUUUUCGUUGCCCUGCAUGGUAGACAUUCCCCACAACCAUAAAAACCUACAAGGUUGUUAAAAAAAUGGUCUGGUUUGGUGACAUCUAAACUGCUCCUAACCAAAAUAUUUCGUAAAUUCUUAGUUCCUCUAUAUAUAAUUUUAGGUUUUGGAGGUAAAAUAGCUUUUAGAAUUGGAUCAUCUCUCAAGAUAUGCCAAUGUUUUUUUAUGGCGUUUUGAAUUUUUUUAGUAUUUCCGUUAUAUCUACAUAUAAAAGGAAUGUCCUCAUUUCUUUGAGAGGUAUUCUUGGAUUUAUAUUUUAAAAGUUGUUUUCUUUCUAAAAGUUUUAUAUCUUCUAAGUCUUUUUUUAAUUUAGUUUCCUCGUAACCUUUCUCUAAAAAUUGAUUCAUUAAAUACUUUGAUUGUUCUGUAUAUACUUGUGUAUCUGUGCAGUUUCUCCUUAAUCUCUUAAACUGUCCUCUCUGUGCAUUAACGAGCCAAGGAGUAUGAUGACAACUGGUUCUAUCAAUAUAACUAUUAGUGUCCACCGGUUUAAAAUAGUUUUUUGUACAAAUAUUCGAAUUUUCAAUAUAUAUGUUUAAAUCCAAAAAGUUAAUUUCUGUGUGGCUCGUAUUGCAAGUAAGUUUGAUGCCCCAAUCAUUAUUAUUAAGAAACUGUAAAAAGUUGGUAAGUUCUUGGUUGUCUCCCGUCCAAAUAAAAAAUACAUCGUCGAUAUAUCUGCGGUAGGACACCAAAUUUGCCACCCAGUCAUGUCCGCUGGAAACAAAUAUAGUAUCAUUCCCCACAACAAGGGACUAGAGGCAGCAAAACAUUUUUUAGAAAAAUCUCUUUUUAAGAAAGAACAAAUAGAUUUUAUUUUGGAAGGAAUUCUUCUAAUUUUAACCAACAAUUAUUUUUGGUUUCAGGACCAGUUUUUUCUGCAGAUCUGUGGUACAGCAAUGGGCACCAAGUUUGCUCCCAGCUAUGCCAAUCUUUUUAUGGCAUAUUGGGAAGAACAUUUUGUUUCCAGCGGACAUGACUGGGUGGCAAAUUUGGUGUCCUACCGCAGAUAUAUCGACGAUGUAUUUUUUAUUUGGACGGGAGACAACCAAGAACUUUUUACAGUUUCUUAAUAAUAACGAUUGGGGCAUCAAACUUACUUGCAAUACGAGCCAUACAGAAAUUAACUUUUUGGAUUUAAACAUAUAUAUUGAAAAUUCGAAUAUUUGUACAAAAAACUAUUUUAAACCGGUGGACACUAAUAGUUAUAUUGAUAGAACCAGUUGUCAUCAUACUCCUUGGCUCAUUAAUGCACUGAGAGGACAGUUUAAGAUAUUAAGGAGAAACUGCACAGAUACACAAGUAUAUACAGAACAAUCAAAGUAUUUAAUGAAUCAAUGUUUAGAGAAAGGUUACAAGGAAACUAAAUUAAAAAAAGACUUAGAAGAUAUAAAACUUUUAGAAAGAAAACAACUUUUAAAAUAUAAAUCCAAGAAUACCUCUCAAAGAAAUGAGGACAUUCCUUUUAUAUGUAGAUAUAACGGAAAUACUAAAAAAAUUCAAAACGCCAUAAAAAAACAUUGGCAUAUCUUGAGAGAUGAUCCAAUUCUAAAAGCUAUUUUACCUCCAAAACCUAAAAUUAUAUAUAGAGGAACUAAGAAUUUACGAAAUAUUUUGGUUAGGAGCAGUUUAGAUGUCACCAAACCAGACCAUUUUUUUAACAACCUUGUAGGUUUUUAUGGUUGUGGGGAAUGUCUACCAUGCAGGGCAACGAAAUGCAAAAAAAGACACCUCUUGGACAUAAGCGAAUUAGUAGGCCAACAGUAUAAGAUAAAAGACCAUCUUACAUGUCAUUCUAAAGGAAUUAUUUAUGUCCUAAGGUGUCCCUGCAAUCUACUUUAUAUGGGAAGAACAAUACGACCCCUCCAUACAAGAAUUGCAGAGCAUGUACGGAAUAUCAGAAAAGGCCUAGAAACGCAUUCUGUUUCACAGCACUUUAAAAUGACCCAUAACCAAGACCCUACAGGCCUCCUAUUUUGUGCAAUAAAAUUAGUAACUAAACAUUGGAGAGGAGAAGAUUAUAUGAACAAACUAGGGAAGGAGGAAAUGAAAUUCAUUUUUAAUUUUAACACCCUGAUACCUAAUGGGUUAAAUUCUGAUUUUGAGAUUUGCCAUUUCCUCAAAAAAUAAUUCUGCUUAUAUGUUACACAAUGGGCUAGCUGCUACUUUUGGCACUUAGACCUAAGUAUAGGUAUUAAAGAUUAUUGCUAUUUGCACCUCUAUAUAUGGUGUCUAUGUUUUUUAUGUAUGGGAUUUGGUCUUUUACACUUAGGAUGUAUUACAUUAUCAAUUUUUCACUUAUGUUUGAUGUUCUUAUUUUAUGGAUGUUUCCUAGUUUUAUAUAUUGAUCAUUAUUUUUAAUGGUUUUUAUUUUAUUUUUAUUUUUUCUUAUAAGCUUUAUAUUUUAUAUUAUUUUGUACAUUUAGAAUAUUUAAAUAAGAUAAAUAUUCACCUCCCUUAGAGAUAGAAUACUCAUAUGUUCCACAAGUGAAUGUAUAUGAAAAGAAAAGGAAGCCAGGUUUAAAUUUGGACUAUAUGCAUAUGCGAAUAAAGUUUUUUCAAGGAGUGGAACGCGGAGCGAUCUGAAAACCGGAAAUACGUUGAAAACAGAAACCGGAAGUGACGACGAAAUACGGAACCCGGAAGAAGAGGUUACACAACAGACGCCCGGUAUUCCCUCAUCAGAGAGGG